AUGGGGCUCUCUAUAAAGGAGGUGCUUGCCUACCCGUCCUUUCUUGGGUUCAGUUUGGAUAGGCGAAUCAGACCGCGGCAUGUGGCACUGGUGCGAAUGGGCUAUGAGGUUGUGGCACACAAGAUGGCUAUUCGGACGAGUGGAGGCAAGAGGGAUGUUUCAAUUGCAGCUGGGAAAGAGAGGAGCAAGCUGGGUUCUGUGUCUGACGAGGUGGAGGGGUUAGAGAGGAUUGAAUGGGGAGCGGAAGAAGGGAAGAGUGGGCCGUUGUUUGGGGUUGUAGCAGCCAGUGAUGAGCCAGGGGAGAGAGUAGUUACAGAGCGGCAGCUUCUGGAUUUGGAGGGGUCAAAGAAAAUGGUGUGCUUGCAGCAGUUUCUCCUAUGUACAGACAAGCAGUUUGAGGAGAAGUUUGUCUGUGAGGCGGCCAGGUAA